GAGAUGUGGCCUUGAAUGGGGUCAAUGUAUGAGCUUAUGAGAAUUAUAAGACAGGGGAUAAUGACUGCAAUCCCCACUUCAUAUCAGUGGGUGAUCGAUAUCAUCGAUCGUCGAUGGACUGAGACUCUCGAGCAUCCACUCCACAAAGCUGCAUACUACCUGAAUCCCAAAUUUCAUUAUAAACGUCGGCUCCAUGAGAAUCAAGAUUUGACGAUGGCCGUCCAUGAGGCGUUCGAACGAUUGUUCCCAGAAUCAACAGCGCAAGCAGAUUUCGGUAACCAGUUGCUACGGUUUAGGGAUGCGGGGGGUACGUUCUCAUCUGCACUAGCAAAAGCAUCGACUGAAACGAUGAUGCCAUGUGAGUGGUGGGCGAUGUAUGGAGUCGACACGCCCGCACUGCAGUUAUUGGCAGUCCGUGUUCUCGCACAGACUGUAUCCUCCUCAUCGUGUGAGAGGAACUGGAGCACAUGGUCACUCAUACACACCAGCAAGAGGAACAGACUAGCAUAUAAGAAGCUGCAAAAGCUCAUUUACUGCCAUUACAAUAUGAAGUUAAGAGAGAGGUAG